AUGGAGCGUUACGAGAAGCGACGUCUCAGUGCGAAAUCUAAAAUUGCCAGAAAGCUUCAAAUUACCUCUGAAGAAGUUCAAACAGCAUUUCCAAGUGCUGGCCUAGACUUUCUGACGUCUAUCCUGGACAUAAGCCACCAGGUCAAAGAUUGGAACACCAUUCUCGAAAUACUAGACCAAGCACGUCAACUUCGGUAUAACAAAAAACCUGAGAGAGUUAGCCAAGUUGCCGAAUGGACUCCCUGGGAUGCUAAGAGAGCCAAGGACAUAAUAGCCCAAGCCAUUACAGCUCGUAGCGACUCUACCACCAUCAGCAGCACCGCAGUUGGGACCAGCGCUGCUCAGACUCAGUGCUAUUCGAGCUCGACAGCGAUCUCUCUAUCUGAUGAAAACGUAAAUACCUCUGGGCAAAGAGUUCACGUCAUAUUCUGCGGCGUGUCGCGGUAUCGUGACCUUGUCGAAGAGAAUUCGGACUUUAUAAGCAUUCAGAUCGAUCCUGCUUAUAGCUCUUACGGUGAUAAACUUCUCCAGCGUUUCACUCUAGAGUAUCUUUGCGAACUCGAACGUACCCUUGGACGUGGUCUCGUCGCGAGUCACCAGUACCAGUUCGUGGUACAUCAAACCGUUGUAGCCAUGAUUGCCGCUGAAAACACUGGACUUGUCUCCCUAGAACUUCAUGGCAUGAAAUGGGUGUCAGAUAUGGUGAUGAAACACGGAUUUGCUAGCCAUGUGGCGGACGUUGCUGCCGAAAAGGUCGUGGUGUUUGCACCAUGGGAUAGCGAUUAUAUAAGUGACAAGAUCACAGAAGACUUCUACAUGCAAAUGCAAGAAGCCACCGCAUUCCACAGGAACUUAAGCCUCUAUCCGUCCCGGGACGAGAACUACGCAGAAGGGCAUAAGCUUCUCGACAUUGCUGCCCUCGACGGGAUCGCGCGACGUCCAGGAACUCCUCCCAAAGCGAAACCACAACGCAGAGUCACUUAUUUUCACCAAGAAUACAUCAAGAGCCUGGAUGACUUUGGCGAAAUUCGCGUGAUGAUGUGCGGGGACGACAUAAUAGAAGUUUCCCGUACUCAAUGGAUAACAACAACAACUCGAGAUAAGCCUCGUCGGAAGCUUCAUGCUAGGGCAUUCAAUCUAGAUGAUGAUCUCUCGUGGUUUUCUAGUGAUCCAGAAGAACGGAAAGGAAAAUACUCUGAGCUGGAGGCAUUUUGUGUGUUCUGGCGUCGAGCCCUUAUCGAGUUUUUUGAAGUGACGAGGAAUUUUGAGUCUGCUCGCGUUGGAUUGAGGCUGGAUAUCGGCAUCUCACCUAAUGGCGACUUUUGUAUUAAUGAGUUUCCUCGUUGGUUUGGCGCGAACUGGUUUAGCGAGCAGAUUCGUGGCCCCGGAUCGACCGAAAUUGCUAGAAAAUGGGGUGAGAGACUUGCUCAGGAGAUAUCACGCCGCUGA